ACAUUGUUGAUUACGUAUCCGAAGCAGACGGUUCAUUCAUUGUUUCAUCUAUUAAUUAUUUUCGUUUGGUUGAAAUUUAAAAAAAAGUGUUUUUUUUUUAAAUAUAGUGAACAAUUGUCCAAAAAUGCGUUUAUUACUGGUAACCGCGGUUACUUUCCUUUUUGUGACUUUGGUGUAUUGUAGUGUCGAAAAUAAAUCGGAAGAUGAAAAGUCAGUGAAAAUUGAAGAAAGUUCAACGAAAACAAAGCGUGGUAUUCACGGAUAUGGAAGUGGUGGUUUUAGUUAUCCUCUACCAGUUUUUGGGCGAUAUUCACCGUAUGCCAGAUAUCCUGGUUCAGUUACCAAUUAUGCUCUUACUCCUGGGAAUGCUGUUGUUCACUCAUUUAAUGUGAACUAUCCAAAAGUUAUUGUAUCCAAGAUAAGACCAGCAAUAUCUCCACAGAUUUUGAUUCAAUCGAAACCGGUUUUACCAGUUUAUGCAAACCGUUAUCCAGUCUUUUUCCAAAAAUCUAUAAUUCAAAAGCCAAUAGCUUCAAUUGUUCCGGUUUCACAAUUUUCGACACCUGCAUUUAUUUCAUCUAGUUCACCGCAUAUUCAUACUGUGAAUACAAGUCCAUCCAGUUCACCGCAUAUUCAUACUGUGAAUACAAUUCCAUCCAGUUCACCGCAUAUUCAUAAUGUGAAUCCAAUUGCAAUACCUAACAAUUUACCACAACCAACAUUAAUUUCGCAAGAUGGAUGGAGACCUGUUUUCUCUUCAGUACAAAAUGUUCAAAGCAAUCCAAUCAAUCCACCGGCUGUUACAGUCUUACCUCCACUGAAUCCAUCCCAUUUAUCAACUGGUCCAAGUCUUACUCAAAUGUCAAAAAAUUACUAUCUACCACCAGAUCCAUCAGAACAAUAUCAACAUCAACAACAACAUGAUCUCCAAGCGCAUUUACAACAGUUACAAGCGAUUCAACAUCACCAAAAUUUCUUUCGUAGUGAACAGAAUGAAGGCUUAAUAACCCCAUUGUCUGAACAAGGUUAUGAAACAGCAUCGAAUAAUGGUAUAUAUGCUGGUCCCUCGUCCUACGAUCCAAAUCCAUCUGGACCAUUGUAUGAAAUUCAUAGUCGAGGUCAAUUUAAAUAGAGACUACAAACUACCAAAUAUGAAUCCAUUUGUUAUUUUGCUUUAGAAAAAGGUUUUAUAAUAUCAUAAUAAUUCAUCAAAAGUUGUAGUUUAGUUAUCUGAAAAAAUCAAUUUCUUUUUUCAAAA